AUGCUGUCAAGCUUAGUUUCUUUUUAUUUAGAAGGGAUUCCAAUUAAUUUAAAUAUUACUAAACUUCCAAAGAUCGAUCCUUCAAGCGUUAAAGGUGUACAAAUCAAAAAGAUUCGUAACGAAGUUCCAGAUUUUCCAGGAAAUGUUCUUACAUCAAAUUGUUAUACACCAUUUGCAAUGGAUAGCUCUGUUCCCGGAAUUGUCAGAGAAAAGAGUAUAUACUACAAAUUUCCUAAUGUUUAUUUCAAUGAUGUCGAAAUCUUUCAAAAAAAUCAAAUGAUUAAUCAUAAAUACAGACAUAUUCCAGAAAUGGGUGAAUAUCGCUUCUCACAUACUGUGUUAGAUAGGGUUGUAUAUUUAUUAUGCACUUAUGAGCAAUAUGGACACGUUGUUCAUGAUGGAAUGCUUACUGCGCUAUUUAACAUACCAUGGGAUGUCAUUAGGAAUUCAACACUUGUCAUCCGCAGGAAUCUUAAGAUAGCUAAAAAAGCUAUAGAUCAUUUAGAAAUUCCAUACGGAAAUUAUCUAUUUAUGGAACCAAACACAACAUACUUCUGUCGAGAACUUCAUAUGGUAUCGCCUAAUUAUCAAUGUGGCUCACAACAAUAUUCAACGCUUUAUGUACGAGAUUAUGUUUAUAAGCAUUUCAAUUUAACAGGAAUUAAGCCAAUAAAUGGACUAAUGUUCAACAGAAAACUUACAUCCCGUGGUCGUCAUAUUGAAAAUUUCAAUGAAUUUAGGAUUGAAAUUCCAAAACGCUAUCCAAACAUAAACUGGAUUGAUAUUAACGACAAACAACUUACAAAUUACUCGUAUUCUCUAAAAAUUCUCGCUGCAACUAAGUACUUCUUCUCGGUUUCUGGAUCCGCUUGUUAUAACAUCAUGUACAUGCAGCCUUAUACGGGAAUUGCAGUUAUUGGAUCAGAUAUAUACGAUUGGCUUCCAAUGACUAACUCUGUUGCAUGGAAAAUUUGGUAUGCGUACGCAGUUAACCCGCAUAUACCUCAUUUUCCAUCAGAAACACAAUUAUCGUUUAACGUUAGUGUUGAAUAUAACCUGAAAUACCUUGAUAAGCUUAUUUAUGCAGUAGAUCACCAAAGAUGGCCAAAAUUAGAAGAUAAUUCAAUGGCUAUCGUAUUUGAUACGAAAACAAUGAGAGACAUUGUUAAGAUUGAUGAUGAUGUCGACUUUAGAAUGACAAAGGGUUUGAAUACGAUUCGAUUAGUUUAUGAAUCAUAUCAACCUAAAAACUAUUCUUCUAUGUUCAAUGAAAUUAUUAAUAUACAAUAG